AUGGCCUUCGAUUUGCUGCUUAUCGGGUACUUGAGCUCGCUGGGGGGGAUUUGGGUCUCCUUCGGUCGUGCCCAACGAACGCCAGAGCCAGUCUGCGCACGAAUUCCUGGCAACUUUGCAAGUUGCAACCCAGAGAAAACACUAUCGCUAUCCAAUCCCGGCACCUACUCUACGCUGCUCUACCUGCUUUCCGUUGGCGCCAGGAACUGGUCCCGACCGCACAAUGAAGGUUGGCCAAUUGUACUUGAGUGGUACCUAGGAAUCCGCGAGCACCGCUUAUCCGUCGUCGUCGUCGUCGGCGAGUGUGGAAUUUGGAAUCCGGAAUCCGAGGGCAACAUUCCUCCACCGUUGUCCGUUGGCUGUCCAAUCGAUGUAGAUAGUACCUAUGCUGUGGAGGACGACGCCCGUCGCCGCGCGGAUUUCGGAAUAGACAGAUCGAUGGAGGAACGUCUCGUUAAGGGAUGA